AUGUCCUAUGGGAUGCCUAUUGCGAACGACUCGCCACCCAUUCAGCCCGUUAAGCUCGCCGAGGUAGACGAGGUGACCAAGAGCAAGCAAAAAAUUACACGCAACUCGCCGAUGCGACUGCGGAUGGAGGCCCUGAUCAAGGAACAUCAGAAUCGGAUAGUCUUUGCGCUGGAAAAUCUGGAUGGGAAGAAGUUCAGGCGGGAUGAGUGGACGAGACCAGCUGGCGGAAGCGGCAUCUCGUGCGUUCUCCAGGAUGGCAAUGUCUUCGAGAAAGCUGGCGUCAAUAUCAGCGUCGUCUAUGGAGAGCUAUCACGCCCUGCCAUUGAGAAGAUGCGGUCGGACCACAAAUCCUUUGUUGCUUCGGAUAUCGACAAAUUGAAUUUCUUUGCGGCAGGCAUCUCGCUAGUGCUGCACCCUCAUAACCCCAUGGCUCCGACGGUCCACAUGAACUACCGAUACUUUGAGACAUCUGACCCCCGGGACCCCGUCAAUGCAACGGGGACGUCCCAGCAAAAUUGGUGGUUUGGCGGAGGUACAGACUUGACUCCUUGUUAUUUGUUUGAAGAAGACGCCCAAUAUUUCCACAAGACCAUCAAAGCCGCCUGCGACAAGCACGACAAAGACUACUAUCCCAGAUUCAAAAAGUGGUGUGACUCUUAUUUCAGGAUUCCACAUCGAAAUGAGUCGCGAGGCAUCGGUGGCAUCUUCUUCGAUGACCUUGAAGCCAGUUCACGACCAAAUUCGCGUAACCCGCAGGAGGAGAUCUUCCAAUUUGUUGUCAGCGGCCUCGAGUCAUUCUUACCCUCAUACCUACCCAUUGUCAAGAAGAGAAAGGACAUGCCCUAUUUGCCCGAACAAAAAGAGUGGCAACAGAUCCGACGAGGUAGAUAUGUCGAAUUCAACCUAAUCAAUGACCGGGGGACCAGCUUUGGGCUGCGGACUCCAGGUGCCCGAGUCGAAAGCAUUCUGAUGAGUCUGCCAUUAACGGCCCGUUGGGAAUAUAUGCAUCCUGUUUGUGGCACUGGCAUUCCCGAAAACCAGGAGGACGCAGAGGACUCCCAGUUUGAGAAGGAAAAGGAGCUAAUGGAAGUCCUCAGGCACCCCAGAGAAUGGGUCUAA